CAACACCAACACCAACACCAACACUACCACAGCCAGAGCCAGAGCUAGAUGACGGUUCUAGGAUUUUCCGGGUUUCUGCCCGUGCAGCAGGACAAUCGGGCGACCGCAGGAGGACACAUAGGGAUGCUGCAGCUGCCGCCCACGCCCACAUCACCAGUAUCAGGAGGGGUGUUCAGCCACAGCAAACAGCGGUCAAUACACUUGCACCGGCCAUCGGUAGACUCCAAGACAAGCACGCUGGCAUGGCUGGCCGAAAAAGUCCAGCAGCAGCAACAAAUUGCCCCCGCGGUGCUGUCGAGCACAACAACAGCAGGGCAAAAGCAACGGCUGCGGCUGCCCAAGCGGCGAGGAACGGCUGAGCACGGCAGCUCAUCAGCUACAGGAACAGAGAAUAUAGAGAUGGAUGCGUCAAGCGCCCUGAUAUACCCGGCGUUUGGAAGCCUUGACGGGGCGUGCGAGUCUUCGGACCAGCACACGCUCGAUAUGGGGGGUCGCAGCGAACGGAGCUCAUUCAACAGCUUUGCAGAGACGCUGCGAGAGGAGGCAUGUCCGUUUAUGGGCGAGCCCAGCAUGCAUGUGCGGGGCAGUCGCAGUAUGAGCAUGGCCCGCGGGCACAUUGCGCUAAGCGCGUCGUCAAGGACCAGUUUGACACACCGACUGAGCCAGAGCAUACACCAGGUGGUGGGGCCUCGCAACUCGACCUCGCCGACCCUGCCGAUUGCCGCGCGGCCGCGAUUCAACUCGACAGCAUGGUCGUCGCGAACGCACGUGAAUGGUCAGAAUCACCAGGGUCAUUUGGUGGGCGCGUACGAGGAGAGCAGUGCAGAGUUGACCAUCCGGCUGAGCAUGGACGCUAGCCAGUCGCGGAGCUACCAGAUGCUGCUGAACGGCGACUCUGUUCUGUCCGACCUGUGCGUGCUCGAGGACGAGCACCAGCGCACAGUGUCGGCAAUUCAGGCUGGGUUUGGCAGGAAGCUUGUCGGUCUUUAUUUUGCGGCCACAUGGAGUGCCGAUUGCGACGAGUUUACGCCGGUGCUGCAGGGGCUCUCGGCAGCGAAUUGGAAUGACCUGGUCAUUGUGCACAUUUCUGCUGAUAACCACCCGGCGGACAUGGCGCGGUUGAUGUCAGGGUCAGGGUGGCUGGGCGUGCCGUGGAGUGACCGCAAGUUGAGACAGGAUCUGAUCGAGCGUAUGAACGUCUCGAUAUCAGAGCUACCAAAGCUCGUUGUUAUUGAUGGGAUGACUCACCACGUCAUUUCGCUGUCGGCCAAGCAUGAUGUCGAGAGGCGGCCUCUGACGUGUGUGCGCGAGUGGAAGAAGAGUCGCGUUGGAUUGACAUGGUGGAACAAAUCCAAGCCAUGGAUUUCCAAAGGACUGGCCGUGUUAGUGCUCUGGUAUAUGGUAGUGUUCUUUUACUCUUCUGUGAGUUCCAAUAUCCAGCGGUAACAUUUAACCCUGGUCUAAAAAAAGUAAAGCGUCAUUAGGGUUAUCAGCGUCAUCCCACUUUAUCAAAGCACUUUUGCAGAGGUGUGAGAUAAUGAAGAAAUGUUGGCGUUUUAACUGUACGUGCGAAUUCCGGCUGGCUCCGACAACUGCAUUACAAAAAUACUUGCCAUUUUCUUAUACUCUCCACUUAUUAUGAACAACACGCAAUAUAUAGGAACCAGGCAAAAUUUUCUCUCUUUUUUCCUUUGUAAUUAACAAUGAAAACAAAAUUAUUAGAGAAAAA